AUGAACGUCUAUGCCGACCUUUCGGGCAUCGAUUCGGCGAACCUUAACUCACCCGUUUUCGUAAAAAAAGACAAAACUGCUUUUAUUCCUGUUCGUCUCUCGUACGCAUACAGACUUUUGUCCGCCUACAGUUCACUUAUGCUGUCUUCAGACCUGGUUAAAGACAAAGAACAAAUGCCACUUUUGCUUUAUUGUACAGGAGAAGAUUUCUACCGAACAGUUUAUGUUUACAUCAACCCCAUUACCGUCGAGUCGAAAACAGUUUUGAAAUACGUACGGAUUUCAGUCGAAGAAGCUAAAGACGUUCCGACCAUAACCGCAACCCGUCUUCCGGAUUUGCGGCAACUCUCAACAUUGGCCGAAUAUAAGGUUUACGAUGGUAGCCGGUCAUAUAAUAAUGCUGUCGUUGAGAGGCCCAGUCGGAUAAUUCUUGAAGCAGAAUGGGGUAAGUCUUUUACCUUUCUUGAAAAACCUGCCCCCAAUUCGAAAGUGUCAGUCAAGGCUAAAAUCAUCCCUGGGGACAGAAACAGCCCAACAUAUCCUAAGUUCCAGGAGCUUUGUGUUCUGAAGGGUUUCUUUGAAGGCCUUGGGAAAGGUGAAGUCAGGUGGUCAGCCAAAGAAAGAGAUGACAAUGUUGUGAUGGAAAACCUGAAGAUUCUCUUUGAACAGUUAAAACUGGGCGACGAAUAUAUUAAUGAUGACAUCGAAAAAAACCGUGAUGAAAAUGAUAUCCCUCAGAAUACAUUGGUCAUAAAUCGCAAAGAUCAGGAUUUCACUGACAAACUUUGGAAUGUGCUUAUCGGCUGUACAAGCUACUCAGAGCUUAUUGACUGUCUAGAUUUUAUGCUGUUGGAACUGAGGAGCAAAAAUCUUCAGCCUCUUGUGCACAAGACCAACAAGACAAGAAUUGCAGAAAUUGUGCGAAACUCCUAUACAAACGAAUUUUGCUUCCCAGAAAUGGAAGGUCUCCUGCCUCUCAAACUGCUGAUUGAAAUUGGUAUUGAGAAGCUUCGCAAUGACUAUGUUAGCAUACUGAUGGCAAAUGAACUGACCACCGCUGACCAGUUGCUUUACUACACCGACCGAACUUGCACGCUCCUGGAGAAAAUGGAGAGGCUGGAGAAGUUGCACAGUGUUUACGAACUGGUGAUAAUGCUAAAUUUCUAUCUUAAGAUAUCUGAAUCCACUCUCAGCUUUGCAGCUCGCAUGGCCCUCAGCCAUUUUCAGAAACAGUUGCUAGAUGAUAAUCACACGUUUAUUCUGCCCGUCUCGCCUGCCAGUGUUGCGAACUUUCUCAAGAGCAGCCAACCUUAUUUGUGGAAGAUCUCACUUGAUGAUCCCAAAGACCAAACCAAAUGUGCAGUGUAUGCAUUCUUUGAAACCCUACCAUUUGAUCACAUUGUUAUGAAAGAGGAUUAUCCAGAAGACCUUAGCUACUACCUUGUAAAGCUGCAGGAGCAUUCAAUGAUGUUAUAA